UCCGGGUUAUGUCUCCCGCAGACCCACAGCGCACAUGCGCAAAGACACAGGACGAUUUUUACUAUUGGUUUUGAUUUGGGUCAUGUGUUGGUAAAGAGAGCGGAAGUCAUGACUGCGUAUGCGCUGCUUGUGUUUACUAUGGAGCUGUGGUAGAGAUGACAGGGUUCUGUAGUAGAGAAGUGGAAGCAUGAACCCAUAGUGAUGAGAGGGAAGUAACCAGAUGCCGCGAUCAUGUCAAGUAUUAGCCACAGGUCCUGGUCGCCGAUAGCAACCAGGAUCCACCAGGUUCGCUUUAACAGACCUUCCUUUGCUACCGGUAUGUAACUGGGGUAGGAAGAAAGUAGAGCACUUUCAGAGAAGAUGGGAACAGAGUCAGUGCACACCUGAUUAAAAAGGUCAAAUACAGAGGCUCAGAACGGACGAAUCAAGGAACAGUCCCGCCACAUAUGGAGUAGAUAACGAGCAGUCCUUGGACGCCCGGGGGACCAAAAGAACUUAGAGCACAACAAUCAUAGGCUCACAAGAAAAGAAGCCAGCAGGCGGACAGGCAGGGUUUGCAUCAGCAUGCAGCACCACAGAUCCUCAUUGGGCCCAGCUCUCCAAGCAGCGGAUGCAACUGCACAGCAUUCCUCUCCAUCGGCCGGCUCACAAGCAACCCGGUCAACGCUGCACAGCACCUGUUCCUCCCCGGGAAGACGAACCAGCUCGCCGAUGGGUUCCCCUGCCUCUAACUUGGCACCCCGGAGCCUCUUAUUCACAGCACACCAUUGUGGCUGCAGAGGUCACUGGUCUCGGGAUGGAGUGUACCCUGCAUGACAUGGUAGCGCAGGCUGCAGCGUUACAUAAGGACAGGAGAGCAGUAUGUUUUCAACCAUACAACAAGACUCCAGUUUACUACACGUACCAGGACAUGCUACAGAGGGCUGAACAGCUGGAACUUUUUCUGAAAUGCCAUGAUCUGGAAAAUAAAACUAUUGGUCUGUACUGCCAAGCAGGAAUCCAUUUGCCGUCCUGGAUCCUGGGGAUUCUAAGAGUGCCAGCUGCAUAUUCUCCAAUAGACCCUGGUGCUCCAUCACCCUUCACAUCAUCACUAAUUCAGAGGUGUAAGAUCCAGUAUAUGCUCGUGGAGGAAGACAAAGUUGAAGUGUUCAAGCUAUUGCCUGACUGGAUAGAAAAGGACUCCUCCACAGUGCAACACCUUAAUGUCCGACUUUUUGAAGCUGUUAGAAAUGAUAAAAGAAUUGACUCAGAAUCCAAAAAUGCAGUUGACCCCAAUUCAAAUGACAGCACACAGAAUGAAGAAUACAUUUACAUUCGGGACAGGCAAUGCUUAGCUUAUGUUCUACACACCUCUGGGACAACAGGCACCCCCAAAAUAGUCAGUGUUCCACAUUCCUGCAUUGUGCCAAAUAUUCUUCAUCUAAGAUUCAUCUUUGACGUCUCACCAAAUGAUAUUGUGUUACUGUCAGCGCCACUGACCUUUGACCCAUCCGUCAUUGAGAUGUUUGUUGCCUUAUCAGCUGGAGCUUGUCUUCUAGUUCUGCCAGACCCCCUUAAAAUAAAUCAUCAGAAACUGUGCAAAGUGCUGUUUACCCAGCAUAAAGUGACUGUGCUACAGGUGACUCCCACUUUUUUGAGAAGCUUUGGUUCCCAUUCAAUUUGGUCUUCAGUGCUCUCCAGAAAUACUUCUCUUAGAAUUUUAGCACUUGGAGGAGAACAAUUCCCAUCUCUAAGUGUCAUAAAAAGUUGGAAACAGCCUGGCAACAAGACACGUAUCUUCAAUCUUUAUGGCAUCACUGAGGUUUCAAGUUGGGGAACUUAUUAUGAAGUGCCGGAGACCAUACUUAAUUCUUCAUCAGGUUUUAAAGAUUUAGUGCCGAUUGGCUGUCCCCUACGUGGAACAGUGGUAGAAAUCCGAAAUGAUGAUGGUGUCAGGGUUGAAGAAGGAGAAGGACAAGUUUAUCUGGGAGGGAGACAACGGGUAUGCCUUUUGGAUGAUGAGAUAACACUGCCUUAUGGAACAAUGAGAGCAACUGGGGACUGGGUGAAAUUGAAAGAUGGGGACAUGUUUUACAUGGGACGCAAAGAUAACCAGAUUAAACGUCAUGGCAAGAGAUUAAAUACUGAAUAUGUACAGCAGGUUGUAGAGAAGCUUGAACUUGUUGAAGCAUGUGCAGUGAUGUGGUAUAAGGCCAAAAAAUUAGUUUUAUUUAUCGUGUUAAAAAGACCCUUAGAAAAGAAAUCUAUAUGGAGAGAUCUGCAGACUCAUCUCCUGAGUUAUGCUUUACCUGAUGACUUGGUUCUGGUGGACUCUAUGCCACAUACAAAGCAUGGUAAAAUAGACUUUUCUAGAUUAAAUCUAAUUUAUGGUGACCACUUAAGGGAAAAGAUGGAUGCACAGUUGUCACACAUAACAGAUGAUUUGUGGCGUGACCUGCAGAAGCUAUGGAAGUCUGUGCUUGGACUUAGUGAAGGAUUUCCUGACAUUUCUGGAGAUUCAGUAUUUUUGCUCAGUGGUGGUGACUCUUUAAAGGCAAUCCGGUUUCAUGAAGAAGUGGAGGAUUUGGUUGGUAGGUCUGUGCCGGGACUUUUAGAAGUCAUCCUCAGUGAUACUUUCCUAGAUAUUCACAAAUACAUUUAUAAAUAUACUUUUACAGUUAUGCAAGAAUUACAGGAUCAAACCAUUGUUAAUGACACUGGAAACCAUGUAAGUAAAGACCACUUAAUAAAACGAAAAGCUGAAACUCCGAGAAUACAAGUGGAGGCUGCUUCCUUUGUUGCUUUAAGCAAAGGUAACCAACUGUUCCUAAAUGUGUGUUCUGAACACGUGGGCCAACGGUGUGAAGUAACUCACAGGUUAAGCCAGGAUCUGGUACACGUCAAUACAAACCCUAAACGAACAAAGCCAAGUCCAUCUUCUGAGCAGGUUUUGACUCUACAGGAAAGAUGGGCAUCCGAUACGGGCAAAUGUGUAGAUGCUUCGCCUCUUCUUGUUGUAUCACUUAAUGAAGACUUGCCAAGAACAGUGUACAUUGGAUCCCAUUCACAUAGAGUGCAAGCUCUUGAUUUGGACACUGGGGCAGUGGUGUGGGAGAGAGUACUUGGAGAUCGUAUUGAAUCUUCUGCAGCAGUGACUAAAUGUGGAAAAUUCAUCCUUGUAGGCUGCUAUGAUGGCUGUGUUUAUGCCCUACGGAGGAGGAAUGGGGAAACACACUGGAUCUUCACCACUGGCAAUGCCGUGAAAUGCUCUCCUGCUGUAGAUCCGAAGUCCGGGCUGGCAUUUAUUGGCUCACAUGAUCAAUGCCUAUAUGCUUUGGACGUUGAAGUAAAGCAAUGUAUCUGGAAAGCUCAUUGUGAAGGAGGAGCUGUGUUUUCUUCUCCUUGUAUUAGUAUGGAACCACAUCAUUUAUAUACAGCUACCCUGGGAGGACGAGUGCUGGCAUUUAACCCUGUCACAGGAAAAACUAUAUGGACGAUUGAUCUAAGAAAACCCGUGUUUUCUUCACCAUCAUGCGACCAGAAACACGUUUUUGUUGGCUGCGUAGAUGCAAAUUUCUACUGCUUCAGUCAUAUGGGUGAGAAGCUAUGGCAGUUCUCUACUGAUGGGCCUAUAUUUUCCUCUCCGUGUAUCUCUCCUCUGUCCAAGCGUAUCACAUUUGGCUCACAUGAUGGCUUCAUCUAUUGCUGUAGUGCUGAGGCUGAAAUAUUAUGGAAAUACAAAACCAGCUCUCGAGUAUAUGCAACUCCAUUUAUAUUUCCCAACCCACACGCCGGAUCCGCUGAGCUGCUGGCUGUCGUUUCUACAGAUGGAACUUUGUAUAUAAUAGAUGCUCUCUCAGGACUUCUGAUCCAGCAGUAUGUACUGGAAGGAGAGAUAUUUUCCUCUCCCGUUGUGUAUGACAGCCGACUGGUUGUUGGUUGCAGGAACAAUUAUAUUUACUGCUUUGAUUUGAUUAGAUAUGUAAAGUAAAUUUUAGAGAAUUAGAGAUGUAAGAAGCCUUACAUGGUAGUUUGCAAUGCUUGUAAAAUGCCUUGUAUCUGUUUUUGUAUAUGAAAUAUUGUGUUCCACUUAAGGGGGUUACCCAGCUAUAUAAUAUUGAUAGGACAUUCUUAGGAAUCAGGGCAUCAAUACUAAAUGGUUGGGGGACUCCUGACAUCCCCGCCAAUAUCAGGUAAGUCCCACCUUGGUUUUGGGUUCAGAAAAUUGACAGUGUUAAUUUUCUUUCUGUAGAGAUCAUUCUACUCUAACUUAAUUUAUGUGUGACUGCUGGGAUUGGGAUUCUCAAAUUAAAAUAAUGUUCCUGUGUCUACCUGAAGCUAGAUCAGUGGUAAAACAGCAGCUUUGGAAAGUCAAAACAUCUAUUUUGAUACCUUAUUCCUGCAGAGUUGCUAUUUUCUUUCAUCUUAAUUUUUGACUGAUUAGAACCAGAUAUUGAAAUAUGUUUAUUUCUUCUAAAUUGUUAUUGCCAUUUUUUUUUUCUAGUUUCCAUUAUGGCCACUAGGCCUAAAAUUUAAGGGGUACCCUGCCUGUAGACAUCAUCUCCCCUAUCGCGGGGGGUCCGGUCACUGGGACCCUUCGCAAUCAGAACGACACGUUCGAGUGGCCAUGGUUGUGAUGUCAGAACGCUGGGUUCGGGCGACCGUGGUCGUGAUGGAGAGGGGGGGGGGGUGUGUGAUGGCUGUGCUCAGUACACCGAGGUGCAGGGCCGGAAAUCGCAGGGGGUCCCAGUGGCCAGACCGCCCUCGAUCAGACAUCUUAUCCUUUGGAUAGGAGUACCCCUUUUAAGCUGAGACUUCCUAUUUUGUCUCCUGCCCCAUCAUAAUGUUCAAAAAAUGAAAUUAAUUAAAUAACUAAAAUUUCAGAAAAAAAAAGAUUUUAAAGAUAAAAAGUUAAUUCAUUUCUAUGGGAGCGCCAGACAUGCCAGUGUGCUGGACUCUUAUAAUCAGGAUAGGGGACCCCCCCCCCCCCCCCCCCCACACACACAAUCAGCUAGUUAUCUCCUAUCCUGUGGAUAGGGAAUAAGAGAGUUUUCACUAGACAACCUCUUAAAGGGGGUACUCUACUGGCCAGCGUUCGUAACAUUUAGCUACGAAUGCUGUGCUCGUGCUGUGGGGGUCAGCCCACCCCCGCAUGAUGUCACACCCCACCCCCUCAAUGCAAGUCUAUGGGAGGGGGUGGGGCAGCCAUCACGCCCUAUCCCAUAGACUUGCAUUGAGGGGGUGGGAUGUGAUGUCACAAGGGGCGUGGCCGACCACCGCAGCACAAGCACAGCAUUCUUAGUUAAAUGUUACGCUGGCCAGUGGAGUACCCCCUUUAGGGCCUAUUCACACGUACAGUAUUCUGUGCAGAUUUGAUGCACAUCAUUUCAAGUUAUGUUCAGUUUACAUUGAAAUCUGCAGCAAAAAAUUCUGCACAUCAAAUCUGUGUGUCAAAUAUGCACAGAAUACUGUAUGUGUAAAUAGCCCAUUAAGGAUUGAAAGUAACCAAAUCAUUCCCACCAUGUCAUAGGCUGGCACAGGAAUAGUAUUCUGUUGUAAGGACCACUCCAAACGAGUCCUCACAAUUUCUGCCCAGAAUUCUGCUAAAUGUAAGGUCUUAUAUUUUUGAAGAGUCCAUAAAGCUGAAUUUCUGUGGCAAAACUUCUGCAGCAUAAAUUUCUACUGUGUGAAUGGGACAGCGGAAUCCCCAUUUAAAUUAAUGUGCAGUAAAUUUUGCAGAAUUUUCCAGCAGAACUGUGCAUGGAAAUUCUCUUGUGUGAACAUAGGCUGUCAAGCAAUGAAUCCCUUUUUCGCAUUAUACUGUUAAGGUGUUCAUACACCUUAGACCAGACCUGGGCAUUUUACGGCCCGCGGGCCACAUACGGCCCUUUGAUUGGCUCUGACCGGCCCGCGCUGACUAUCGGGCCGUACAAAGCCCACGUCUGCCUUAGACUAAAGUAGGCUGAACCCGACUUUGUGAUAUCAGUUGAGAGAAAUAUUGGACUUUUACUACAAGACUCAAUUGUGGAAGAGAUAAGCCAGCACCAGAGCUGUCUGGCUGCAGUUUGGAAAUCAAGUAACAGUCAUCACAUGCUUGGGGGGCAGGAACCCCCUUAACAAAUUAAGUCUACCGUGGGUGGAGCCCACUUUUAUCUUUCUUGUAGAGGCAAUGCAUUGUGGUAUAUUUUUUUAAACAACUACUGCAUUAAAGUGAUACAAAGAAACAUUCAAAAAGUUCAUACUUUUUAUUGACGGUUUUGUGUUUUUUAUGGACCUCUUUAUAACAGUCAGACAAAACUUAAAUAGAAAUUACACAUAUAAGAAUUUAUAUCUUUUGUUUGUACUUUUUCCACAACACCUUUUUGCACAAAGUUCAGCUAAAUUUAAUCCUGAAUUCCAAAGGAUUCCUUUGGAGAUGACACUGAAUAUGUAUUUUUCAAUGAAUGGUUGCUAAUAAUUUAGAACAAACUAAUAUUUUCUAAUAAGAAACCAGUGUACUUGAAAAUAAAAAAUAAAAAGUACAACAAAAACUGCACAAAUUACAUAUUAAUAGAUUUAUACACAACUGUAUUAUUAAACUGAAAAGAUCAUUGUCCACAGCAAAUAAGAGCAAUGUUAUAUUGUAUUGUAUAUGUACAUACUGGUUUAUAUUUUUUAUGGCCUGUGCUAUUUGUGCGCAAGCUUGAUGGGAAUUUACAGAAUUUAAAUGUCACUUGCAAGUACUUUUUUAUAUUUACAGAGGAGUCAGCCCUUUUAGAAAGCUGAAUCAAUAUACUUUAUUCAUCAGAAAUUAAGGAAAUCAAUGAGGGUCUUGUGUAUAUUAGAAAAUAACUAUUGCUUCAGCUCUUAGAAAGUCUUUAGUAUGUAGAGAUAUUAAGUUAAAAAAGAAAAUCCUUUAUAAUAGGAAAAUUUCCAGUAAAUACAAGUACAUCAGUAAAGUGACUAUAACUGUACUUUUAGGGUAUGUUCACACUUGGCAGAUAAGCUGCAGAUUUGUUGCAAAUUUUCCCAGUUCACUUCAGUCAAAAUCUGCCACAUAUGUGCCGUGUGUGAACAUACCCUUAAAGCUCUUUUACACUGGCUGAUCAUCGGGUGGACGAGCGUCCCUAAGUACACUGCUCAAAAAAAAUUAAGGAAACACUUAAACAACACAAUGUAACUCAAAGUCAAUCACACUUCUGUGAAAUCACACUGUCCACUCAGGAAGCAACACUGAUUGACAAUAAAUUUCACAUGCUGGUGUGCAAAUGGAACAGACAACAGGUGGAAAUUAUAGGCAAUUAGCAAGACACCCCCAAUAAAGGACUGGUUCUGCAGGUGGUGACCACAGACCACUUCUCAGUUCCUAUGCUUCCUGACUGAUGUUUUGGUCACUUUUGAAUGCUGGCGGUGCUUUCACUCUAGUGGUGGCAUGACUUGGGAGUCUACAACCCACACAAGUGGUUCAGGUAGUGCAACUCCCCCAGGAUGGCACAUCAAUGGGAGCUGUGGCAAGAAGGUUUGCUCUGUUUGUCAGCAUAGUGUCCAGAGCAUAGAGGCACUACCAGGAGACAGGCCAGUACAUCAGGAGACGUGGAGGAGGCUGUAGGAGGGCAACAACCCGGCAGCAGGACCACUACCUCCGCCUUUGUGCAAGGAGGAGCACUGUUAGAGCCCUGCAAAAUGACCUACAACAGGCCACAAAUGUGCAGGUGUCCACUCAAAUGGUCCGAAACAGACUCCAUGAGGGUGGUAUGAGGGCCUGACAUCCACAGGUGGGGGUUGUGCUUACAGCCCAACACUGGCGCCCUGUGCUCUUCACAGAUGAAAGCAGGUUUACACUGAGCACAUGUGACAGUCUGGAUAUGCCGUGGAGAACAUUAUGCUGCCUGCAACAUCCUCCAGCGUGACUGGUUUGGCGGUGGGUCAGUAAUGGUGUGGGGUUGCAUUUCUUUGGGGGGCCGCACAGCCCUCCAUGUGCUUGCCAGAAGUAGCCUGACUGCCAUUGGGCUCUGAGAUGAGAUCCUCAGACCCCUUGUGAGACCAUAUGCUGGUGCGGUUGGCCCUGGGCUCCUCCUAAUGCAAGACAAUACAAGACCUAAUGUGGCUGAAGUGUCAGCAGUUCCUGCAAGAGGAAGGCAUUGAUGCUAUGGACUGGCCUGUCCAUUCUCUAGACUGUUCAGGAGUUGGUGGAUGCUUUAGUCCAGGUCUGGGAAGACAUCCCUCAGGAGACCAUCCGCCACCUCAUCAGGAGCAUGCCCAGGCGUUGUAGGGAGGACAUAUGGGCACAUGGAGGCCACACACACUACUGAGCCUCAUUUUUGACUUGUUUUAAGGACAUUAAAUCAAAGUUGGAUCAGCCUGUAGUGAGGUUUUCCACUUUGAUUUUGAGUGUGACUCCAUAUCCAGACCUCCAUGGGUUGAUAAAUUUGAUUUCCAUUGAUAAUUUUUGUGUGAUUUUGUUGUCAGCACAUUCAACUAUGUAAAGACGAAAGUAUUUCAUACGAUUAGUUCAUUCAUUCAGAUCUAGGAUGUGUUAUCUUAGUCUUCCCUUUAUUGUUUUGAGCAGUGUAUUCUAGUUCUUAAUAAUCAACUUCUGUAAAAGGGCCAGCGAUCAGGUGUCCCAUAAGAACAUGAAGAGAUUGACUGACUCAGCUCCUCAGCCUGUGUAAAGGGGCCCUUAGGCAGAUUUGUCAUUCUGAGAGCCAAUAGCAAAUGUAUACCACUGGAAACCACUAAAUUGGAAAUUAAUAGUCUUAAUUAAAGGAAAAGGAACAACUGGAGGACUUGUAUUUACUGUCUCUUUUUUUUCUGCCUUCAGAUUAAUAUGAUUUUAACCUUUUGACACUAGAAUCUGUAGACUAUUUUAAACAGUGGUACCUAAACAUAAUCUAACAAUGUAGUGCACCAGUCUUUGCAUAAUCCAAUUUAAUUUGAAGUAACAAAAGUGUAUAUAAUUUUCUUACAGCACUCUUUGAGUUCAGGAGUGGUAUUACAGCCUAGAAAAGAUUUAACAUUUUUUGCAUAUUAGAUAUAAGAAGUAUGGCUGCUCUGGUUUCGGUUAGGACCACAACAAUUAUAAUUACCACAUGACCAUAAUAAUACGUAAACCAGCACACGAUUCCUGUUAAGACUUAAUGUAUACAGUUUAAAUGUCAGGCCUUGUUUUUGUGAGUAAUGGCUUCAAGUCAGUAUACUCUAAGUUCAUAAUAAUGCUUUUAUACAGGAAACUCUGUGUCUUCCUAAUUCAAUGUAUUACAUUCUAAAGAAUGAUUUUCCAACAGUCAUGUAAUUACAUUUCUGCUGAGCAUUUUCAUGCUGAUCAAUUAUACCAGUCCUAAUACUAGUCUCCAUAUUCCAUGCAAGUCAGACUGACGCUUUAAAUAAUAAUAAUAAUAAUACUACACAAGCUGAAAAGAUUGAUCCACAUGAACAGAUUUACUCUGCUUCUCCUACACAUAGUUCUGACCACAGGAUUAUGUCCAAAUGACUCAAACCAGUCAUCUGGACAUGUGCAGAUCACACCAGCCAUACUGUGUAGUGUAGUUACACUGAGACAGACAAGGACAUAUGUGUUUAUAUAAUGUCAUAUCUGAAUACAAUAUCCUAAGAAUUGCUGUGCAUUUUAGUGUUAAGCGGACGUCAGAGUUACAUUUUCAUAGUGUAUUACUUUAGCUUUUGUGCAUCCUUGGAUCAGAUGUUUUUCUAUCUAUAUUCACCUAAUAAUUUUUUCUUAAGAGGUAAAAGCAUUGGACCAGAGGUAUAGAUGAAAUGGUGAGAUUUGCUUUGUCCGGAAGAUACACAGAGUGUGGGUAAGCCAGUGUGUAUAGGAGAUGCCCAGCAAUUUAUACUGCUACUCAAUGCUGCUUAGGAGCAUUAAAGGUAUGAAAAUAUGACUAGUGUACUCAUUAUUUAAGAUCAGACUCAUUCCUUAUAUCAUAUAAGGUCUUAAAAAAGGAAAAAAUAUUUGGACUUGGGAUUUAAGUAUUUAUCGCUCCCAUUACGUUUAAAAAACAUGCAGCAUAUAAUCAUGGGGUACAGGAAACCUAUUUACUCAUGCAAGUUAUAAUGAAAGGGGGUUGUCCACCAGCAACACACAGCCCCAUCCACUGCUGGAAAGUCGGAGACUCAAGACUCCUGUUCCUUAGAUCACACAGGGUCCCAGCUUGUGGGUAGGAGGUAAGUGUUGGUGGGACCACCUCUUUAAAGCAAUUUGCCAGUCUUCCUAGAAAUUGAUGUUCUGCUCUUAGGAUAGGCCUUUCAGUAUCAAAUUGGUGGACACUCCAAGAACAAAGCCACACUUGUCCACAGGUUUAAAAGGGUACUCCACUGGAAAACAUUUAUUUAAAUUUUUUUCUUUAAUCAACUAGUGCCAGAAAUUUAAACAGAUUUGUAAAUUACUUCUAUUUAAAAAUAUUAAUCCUUCUAGUACUUAUCAGCUGCUAUAUGCUCCACAGGAAGUUCUUUUCUUUUUGAGUUUUCUUUGUCUGACCACAGUGCUCGCUACUGCCACCUCUGUCCAUUUUAAGAACUGUCCAGUUCUGUCCAGAAGUAAUUUACAAAUCUGUUGAACGUUCUGGCACCAGUUGAUUUAAAAGAAAAAUGUUUUCCAGUGCAGUACCUGUUUAAGGUGUUGUAGCUCUAGGUGAACACUGCAUCCCCUUCAUUGGUUACCGGGUAUAAUACUAUAUAUUCUGUAGUGGCUGUGAUUCAAAAUCCCAGUAAACUUGUUUAACCUGCACUGAUCACUCAUACUAUAUAAAGAACCACAAAUAUCAGUCACAUAGGUAUAUGACUCUUACCGAUGGCAUAUGUAAGGGUAGAAAAGGAAUGGCUGGUUGGAUUUCAACAUGCCUACUCCCCUCUCCCCAUUCAAAACACAUACCUGUGCCCUUAAAGUGGAACUCCUAUGGAAAAAAAAAAUCAAAUCAACUGGUGCCAGAAAUUUAAACAGAUUUAUAAAUGACUUCUAUUUAAAAAUAUUAACCCUUCCAGUACUUAUCAUC